AAAGAGUAAAGCUAUCUAUUUUCAUUUUCCUAACCAAAAAGAUAGAACCCUAACCAUAGAGAUAAUAAAUAAACCCUCUGGAGAAAGAACUUGGUAAGGGAAAAAUGGCCACACUUCCUUCCCUCACAAACCCAAAUGAGCUUCUCUCAUCUUCCUCCUUCUACCACAAUGCAUUAUCCACUUCACCCUCUGUCUCUCUCAACACCACCAGAAUUACCAGAGUCGCUAGCACCCCACAACGCCUCACUCGUCGUUUCCGGUCGGUUCGAUGUUCCUUCGCCUCAGUAGAAAACGCCAAGAUUAAGGUUGUCGGAAUCGGAGGUGGUGGCAACAAUGCCGUCAACCGCAUGAUUGGUAGUGGUUUGCAGGGUGUAGACUUUUAUGCAAUAAAUACUGAUGCUCAAGCGCUGGUACAUUCUGUUGCUGAGAAUCCUAUUAAAAUCGGAGAGCUUCUGACUCGCGGAUUAGGUACUGGUGGGAAUCCACUUUUGGGAGAACAAGCUGCGGAGGAAUCAAGAGAAGCUAUUGCGGAUGCCCUUAAAGGGUCAGAUUUGGUGUUCAUAACAGCUGGGAUGGGUGGUGGCACAGGGUCUGGUGCUGCCCCAGUUGUGGCUCAAAUAUCAAAAGAGGCAGGUUACUUGACUGUAGGUGUGGUUACCUAUCCCUUCAGUUUUGAAGGACGUAAGAGAUCCUUGCAGGCACUUGAAGCCAUUGAAAAACUGCAGAAAAAUGUUGACACACUUAUAGUGAUUCCAAAUGACCGUCUGCUUGACAUAGCUGAUGAGCAGAUGCCCCUUCAGGAUGCUUUCCGUCUUGCGGAUGAUGUCUUACGCCAAGGAGUACAGGGAAUAUCAGACAUUAUAACAAUACCUGGACUUGUAAAUGUGGAUUUUGCUGAUGUAAAAGCUGUGAUGAAAGACUCUGGUACUGCAAUGCUUGGAGUAGGUGUUUCCUCCGGUAAAAACCGAGCAGAAGAAGCAGCAGAACAGGCUACUUUGGCUCCUUUAAUUGGAUCAUCUAUUCAAUCAGCCACUGGGGUAGUAUAUAACAUAACUGGAGGAAAGGACAUAACUCUGCAGGAAGUGAACAGGGUGUCUCAGGUGGUGACUAGUUUGGCUGAUCCUUCUGCCAACAUUAUAUUUGGGGCUGUUGUUGAUGAUCGUUACACUGGGGAGAUUCAUGUUACCAUCAUUGCUACCGGCUUCUCGCAGUCUUUCCAGAAGAAGCUGCUAACAGAUCCAAGGGCUGCAAAGCUGCUUGACAAAGUGGCUGAGAGCCAAGAAAGUAAGGCAAUGCCCCCUCCUAUCAAGUCCUCGGUAGAACCUAGAGCAUCUCCACGGAAGCUCUUUUUUUAGUUGCUCAAUUCUUUUACCCUUUUAACUUUUCUAAUUAUCAUAUAUUGCAGUCAUUCAGCUGUGUAAUGAUCUUGAAGCUUGAUUGAUUUUUUGAGAUAUCAUUUACUCAUGGUUUGUGUAACCAUUCAGCUUAAGUGUAUGUAGCUUAAACAAUUUUUGUUCAUGAAAUGGAUGUGUUUGUAUUUAUCUA